UACGGGAGGAAAAAAAUAAAAACACCUCAUCCACAUCCACAGUUUUGAAUGAAACUUUAAAAUUUUCCUUUCGUUUCUCUUCUUUUCUAAAUCUUUCAAUGUUUUUCAUCUACCGCCUAUGAACCUCACGUAAGACUUUUAGAAGCACGUGAAAAUCACGCAUCUAAUCAGUGUAUUGUGCUAAACAAAUGUGUCAGAUUGUUUACAUCCCUCAGUUCCAUGAAAAUACUUCAUGACCAAGUACUUACUACUAGACUUAUCGUGGCGAAAAGUGGAUUUUUUCCUCCGAAGCUGGAAUCUUUAUACUGUGAGCCGCUCAAGUCCUGCAAACAAAGAUCAGUUUCCUGUGACUUCAAUCAGCACUGCGUGACCCAUUGACAGUGAACUCCGUUUUAAUGUAACGAUGUGUCGUUGCACUCUUAACCUCGGCACAAGCUCUUAGUUCUAUUGAGAUUAGUAGCUGUUUACAACUAAAUCUUAUGUUUGUAUACCUCCAGUGUGGCUCUCAUGGAGUUUUAUCAGAGAAUGUUAGCUUCUUAAAGUGAAUGCUAGGAUGUCCAGCACCAAAAUGUCGAGCACCCACGGGACUGGGCGACGGCACGAUCCAAGCAGUAGCAAUGCAGCAAGUCGUUGUUUCGGCGAUGCAGCGGAAUGGGAAGCCAAAGAGGCUCUUCGACAACGAGAGUUGGAAGAGGCGCGUGCAAGAGCUGCUCAGAUGGAGAAAACUAUGCGCUGGUGGUCUGACUGCACAGCCAACUGGCGCGAAAAAUGGAGCAAGGUGCGAACAGAAAGGAACAAAGCUCGUGAUGAGGUGAAAAUACUUCGAUCAAAAUUAGAUUCAGUAAUGCAAGAGAACAAUGCCUGUCAUCGAGAAAAGCAAGAUCUACAAGUCCAAAAUGAACAAAUGAGGAAAGAGUUAGAAAAAAUACAUCUGCUUCUUCUAAAGCAUGCAGGUCAAUGGGAUCACCAGCUGCUAGAAGCUCUAGAAAGUGCCGAUCCAGAAAAAGACAUUGUCCUACCAUCACUAGUCACCGCAGACUCUGGUCUGGCCAGCAGUUUGUCGCAAGAGGAAUUGAUUCCAGGAGGAAUUGAAGAAUACGUUCUGCAAGGAGCUGUCCCAAAACAUGCUGUGGAACUGUUUGGUAACACUGCUUGCCAGAAAGACACGGCUAGCGGAGAAAUUUUUGCUACAGGUGGGAAGGAGAAUGCUCUGGACUCAGACAGUCGGUUGGGGGAGCGCUCAGAAACUGACAGUGAUGCCAAUAUUGAUCUAAACUCAAUAAAUGAAUUGGAGUGCAACAGUAUUCGUAGCAGCUGUAAUAAUAUGGACUGUGAUAGUGAGGAAGUACUGCGACAGAAACUGUCCAUGCUUCAGCUGAGGUUGGACGAAACAUCCAAAACUCUUGUUGUAGAAAGAGAGGAAAAGCAAAGUUUGCACAAAACUUUGGAAAAAAUUGAGAUGGAACUCUCCGAGAUGAAAGAAAAGUGUGAGGAUUUGAAGACAUCAAAACAAGAGGCCAUGCGUGAGCUGCUGAGACUUCAAGAUACUCACCAAGACACAGUCGCUCUCAUCAGGGCUGAUUUACUGGACGAAGCGACUUCUAGGGAAGGCAUGGACCGAAGACUAGCCGACCUAAGAGCACAGCUGGAGCGGCUGCAAGCUGAAAAUGCAUCCGAAUGGGGCAAGCGAGAGAGAUUGGAGACAGAGAAACUCAGCAUUGAAAGAGAGAACAAAAAACUCCGGGCAGAGUUGAAUGAUGUUAUUGAACGCUUAGAGCGAAAGGGGCGGCCACAACCAACCGCUGACAAUGAACUCCGCACUUUGCAGCAAGAACUGUGCGACAAAAGUAAAGAACUGACAGAAUUGAAACAUACUCACAAUAAAUUGAAAAAAAUCCUUGCCGACAAAACAACGGAGCUAGGUCAUGCCUUCAGGCGAGCUGAGCAGUAUGAAGGAGAAGUGAAAAAAUUAAGGAGUCGCGUGGAGGAAUUGAAGCGCGAACUAGCUGUUGCGGAAGAUGAGGUGGAUUCUGCCUCAAACAAUAUUAGGAAAUUACAAAGAUCAAAUGAUGAGCUUCAAGAGCAAGUCGAGAGUCUACAAGUGCAAUUACAACAUUUAAACACUAGGUUACGAAACAGGCCAGCGAACUCCAGCUCUUUAAUUUCACACCGAUCGCCAACAUCACCUUUGGAUGAACCAAGUGAUGAUGAUAGUGGAUUCUAACGGCAUUUAUACUUUUUUUUUCUAUCUUCAUCACAUUCCAAAACAUUAUAAUAAUCUCAUUGCAUCGUAGAAUGUCUUUCAUUUCUAAAGCUGUAGGUAUUGAUGCGUGUUUUUAUUUAAUUUUUCACAAGUUCAAGUAUACGUGUGCCUAAGUAGUCUAUCAAUAAGGAAUUUUUGUGGGUAAUGUAUUUGUCUGUAGAGGUAUUAGCAGUAAGAGAUUUGCAGUUGCAAUACAAUGGUGCAACUAGAAAAACAAAUGCACCUUGAUUGUAAUGCCAAAUAAUCUAAAUUAGUGGAAGUAUGGAAAAAAAUGGUUUUCAGCUUUUUUAUGCCCAAGUAGCGCAAGUUGCAUUAUAUUGCAAUCACCUGGUAAAAUUAUUGCCAAUGUAUUAGAGUGUCUCAUAUUUUGUCUAUUCUUUAAUUUAAGGGGCUCCUCUUAUUGAAAUUUGUCGCAAUAAAAUUUAAUCAAGUUGCCAUUUUUUUUGCAAGGCAAAGUACCCACCUUUUUUGCACAUGAUAGUCAUUUGAAUGAUACCUUAAAAUCGGCAUUUAUUGACCAAAUCAUGGAAAAAUAUUGCACUUUUAUGGUGAAAAAUUGCAAGCAUACUGUAUUAAGUUGCAAAAGUAUCUCAGUAUGUUCAUUGCGCUACUACUUGAGUGUCACUAAAAUGUGAUAGAAAAUCUGCAUAUUAAGGCUGAUGUUUUUCUAGUUUCACUAUUAAAUAAAAGUUAACUGUUAUGAAAUUCUUUGUUACUUCCAGCAGUAAAACUGCUGAGUUUCUACUCA